UGUUCGGGGAAGGAUACACGCAACCAACACCAAUACCAGCGCGCGCCAAGCAAUGACGUCGUACCCUUCGUGGGGCACGACCAAUUCCAACUGCGAGGUGCAGCUCGCGGCCGAGAUCGAGGUGCUGAAGAGUGCGCUGGCGGACAAGCACACGCAGCUGAUGGCGAUGGAAAGUGCCUGCCUGCAGGAGAGCGACCGGCAGGUCGAGCUGGAGGACAGCAUCAUCGCCUGGCAGGACAAGUACGAGCGGCUGUACGAGUCGCACAAGCGCGUCCAGAAGCUGAACCAAAACCUGGAGGACAAGCUGCUGAAGCUGGUCGACCGGAACUCGGGCGAGCGGGCCCAGCUGACGAGCGACGUCGCGACGCUGAGCGUACGGCUGGCGCAGGCCAACUACAACAUCCAGAGCCUCAAGCGAGAGAUUGAACGAUACAAAACCGACAUCAGUGUGGCGAUACAGUUGCUGCAGUGCAAGCCGGACAGCUUUGUAUCGCCGAAACUUUCCUCGCUUCCGAUCGAAAUUCAGUCCAAGGUGGCCACGUACAUGCGCCUCGACACGAACUCACACUCCGACUCGGAGGGCAGCACGAGCGGCGUCGGGAUGGCCACCACCAACUCGUACCACGUGCUGCCAGCCUCCGACAGCCCGCCCCCCAUCUGUCCCUUCCCUCCGACCGCCAUGGUCUAUUCGAUGCGAGGGCUUGGUAAGUGUUAGUAGCCGAGGGAGGCGUGUAGCGGUUUGCAUAGCUUUUUCCUCCUUCCAACGCACCCGCCCGUCGGCCGCCGUUUCCUUCACUGUGUGCUUGUAGUGCUGCGCUGCCGCUGCUGUAUGCUGUCGAUAUCCUUCUUUUUUAUUUUUUGCAUGGCCAGUGGAUUUUUGUAGCCACCCGUGGACAACUUUGUAGCAUUCAAAAAGUCUUAUUUUUUUGUAUGUGCGUUUGUAUGCACUUGUGCUUGAUUGUUUGAGCAAUAUUGUGUAUUUAUUUUGCUUUCCCUUACACAUCACGGGCUUUUUAAGAACGAAAAUAAAU